AUGAAAAUCAAGAAAACGUUGGAAGAUGAAGAUAAUGGAUUCGAGGAAGAAGAAGAAAUGGCAGAAGAGGAUGAAAUGGUGGAGAAUGAGGAGAGUAUUUUGAAGAAGAAAAGAUUGGAUCUUGGUGGUGGUGGUUCUGGAAUGAGUGCUCGGGCCGGUGGUGGUGGAGGGAUGGCUCAGCCGUGUUGUGUGGUGGACAAGUGUGAGGUUGAUCUGAGAGGUUGCAAGAAGUAUUAUCAAAGGCACAAAGUUUGUGAGGUGCACUCCAAGGCUCCCGAGGUCAUAGUUUCAGGGGUCAAGCAGAGAUUCUGUCAGCAAUGCAGCAGAUUUCAUGAGGUCUCAGAAUUCGAUCAGACAAAGAGGAGUUGCCGCACGCGUCUAGCGGGCCACAACCAGCGGCGUAGGACGAGCUCUUCAAGACUCGUAAAGAGGGCUCAAACCAUAGAGGAUUCAAGGAAAACCAGAAGACCUGGAUUGACUGAUAAUUUCUGCAUUAUUCCUUAUACCAGAGAAAGAUAA